AUGGUUAGCCCAACGCUGAAGCGGAACGCGGAUCACCUCCCCACCCCAGCUUCGGACUCCAAGAAGCCAAAGGGAGGGAGCAUUACAUCUUUCUUUGGUGUUCCCAAGCCAAAAGUGCUUAGCACACAGGACACUGGAGUCGCACCACCUCCCCGGUCUAGCUCUUUCGAUAAAGAUAAAUGGGUAGCAUCCCUCACUCCAGAGCAAAGAGAGUUACUGCAACUCGAGAUUGAUACACUGGAUGAAAGCUGGCUUGCCCAUUUGAAGGAUGAUAUCACCACGAUUGAGUUUCUGAAUUUGAAGCGAUUUCUGAAAAAGGAGAUGGACUCCAAGGCCAAGAUCUUUCCUCCAAACGAAGAUGUCUAUUCGUGGUCCCGACUCACCCCACUACACACCGUUAAAGUAGUAGUUGUGGGCCAGGAUCCAUAUCACAACGACAACCAAGCUCAUGGACUGGCAUUCUCGGUUCGACCUCCGACCAGGGCUCCACCGUCAUUGGUCAACAUUUACAAAGGGCUCAAGAAGAAUUACCCUGACUUCAUCCCACCACCAAACAACGGUGGCUUACUUACCCCCUGGGCCGAACGAGGCGUGCUGAUGCUCAACACUUGUCUUACGGUUCGUGCACACCAGGCUCAUAGCCAUGCUAACAAGGGAUGGGAGACGUUUACACAAAAAGUCAUUAAUUUGGUCGCUCGAGUUCGAACUCGUGGGGUUGUAUUUCUUGCUUGGGGAAGCCCUGCCGGGCAGCGGGUGGCUAAGAUUGACCGCCAGAAACAUUCUGUGCUCCAAUCAGUACACCCAAGUCCCCUCAGCGCACAUAGAGGAUUUUUUGACAAUGGUCAUUUCAAGAAAUGUAAUGACUGGCUUGCCUCACGAUAUGGCGAUGACGAGGUGAUUGAUUGGAGCCUGGUCCCAAUAAAAGUCAAGUCAGCUGGUUCCUCAGAGAAAGAAAAUCUGCCAACUUUGGUCAAUGUCACAUCAACAACCACCAAGGUAUCGAGACCUCCAUGUCCCGAGGAGGACUCGAAAGCUAUAGCUUGCCCUAUCGACGAAUUCGACGAUGCGGAUGCUCUUGAAGCCUUGGCAGCAUUUGAAGAAGACAAUGAAGAAGAAAAGGAAUAA